GUUCGCUGACCGGUUUGGUACCAGAACUGCCUUGACUCUUUCAUAUUUGGCUGGAUCCCUGUGCUUUUUGCUCCUUUCUGUAUCCAUCAGUGUCCCCUUGCUCUUUCUUUCCAGGGUUCCAGGCAUCUUCAUUCAUGGAUUACCAGGUGCACAGAUGGUUAUAACAGAUUUGACAUCUCCUGCCAAACGUGCGGAUGCUUUAGGAAAGCUUGGGCUUUGUUUUGGAAUAGGAGUAAUUCUUGGAUCUUCCCUGGGUGGUAUCUUAACCACAAAGUUUGGGGUCGGUAUUUCUUGCUAUGUUGCAGCAGCUGGUUACCUUGCCUGUGCCUUGAUGGGCCUUCUUUGUAUUCCUUCUCAGACAAAGCCACAGUCCAAGGGAAAUGAAGCACAACAGGGAACAUCACAGUCCAGUAGUGUUUUUAGCUUCCAAGAAAUUAUACGACUGUUGACACUUCCAGGAGUAAUGGAUGUUUUCUUAAUCAAAGUCCUUUCUGUAUUUCCUACAGGGGUGUUCCUAAUCAUGCUUUCCAUCAUAUCCAUCGACUUCUUUGGUCUGGAAGUUGCACAUGCUGGGUAUUUGAUGUCCUACAGUGGAAUACUUCAAAUGGUUGUCCAGGGCCUAAUAAUUGGAAGAUUAACCAGUCGGUAUACUGAGCAGUCUUUGCUUAUGCUGAGUGUUAUUGUUUUAUGUGGCGUUGGCAUCGCUAUGGUCCUGAUGACCAAUGUCUUUCAUUAUUGCGUCAUUGUGCCCCCCAUGGUGUUUUCCUUCAGUGUUGUCGGUGUCAUUGCCGAUAACAUCCUGACCAAGUCAGUCCCUGUUUCUGACACAGGUGCCAUGCUUGGAAUCAGUGCUUCAGUUACUCCACUGAUACGGACAUUUGGCCCAACAGUAGGAGGAUUUCUAUAUAGACAAUUUGGGGUUUCCUCCUUUGGCUAUUUACAGCUAAUGGUGAAUGUACCUCUGUUUUUCUAUCUCUUGAAGAAGAAGAUCCCUCAAAAAGAAGAGAAAACUCAGUGACUAAUUCCAUGUAUGUUGUUGGCAUAAAGAAGGCUCACGUGGAAA